AUGUCUAACGGCUCGCAAUCCCUUUGGGAAAAAACCGCCGGUUUUGUUGCUAAGAACAAGACUGCGAUCCUCAUCACCUCUUUGGCCGGUGCCUCUGCUGCUGGUGCCUAUGUGUACUACCAGCAACAGGCCGCCACCCAGGGCUCCACCACUGAAACUACUUCCAAGAAGAAGAACAAGAAGAAGAAGAAGAAGGCUGCUACCCCUAUUGCCGAGGAAGCUGCUGCUCCAGCUGCUGAACGGACCACUGCUGUCUCCACCGCCUCCGAAAAGCCGUUCCCGGUCGAUGCCGCCGGUUUGCCAGCCUUGACCGGUGAAAUUGUCGCCGCGUUGUCUCCAGAACAGAUCGAGGAAUGGUCUGUUGCUUUAAAGGAGUCCGGUAACGUUGUCUUCAAGGAGAAGAGCUACGAAGCUGCCAUCGCUUUCUACUCCGCCGCCCUCCAGGUUAAGGAGGAUCCAGUCUUCUACUCCAACAGAUCUGCCUGUUACUCCGCCUUGGAGGACCACGAGAACGUCAUCGCUGACACUACCGCUGCUUUGACCCUCAAGCCAGACUACUCCAAAUGUCUCCUCCGUCGUGCCGCCUCCUACGAGCUCCUCGAACAGUACGAAAACGCCAUGUUCGACCUCACCGCCCUCACCGUCUACGGUGGUUUCAAUAACCAGUCCCUCGAAUCUACCUUGGAACGUGUCUUGAAGAAGCACUCCGUCAAGAUCGUGUCUCAGCAAUUGGAAAACCGCGUGCCAUCCCUCCCAUCCGCUUCCUCUAUCUCCUCCUUUUUCGGUGCCUUUAUCCAGGAAACCACCUUGGGUGGUCUCUUGUCACAAAACGCUGCUGAGGGCUCUGCCGAUGCUUACUUGUACCACGCCUUGGCCGAAUUGGCCAAGAACACUCCAGAGGGCUACGAGGCCGCCGAUGUCGCUUUGGCCCAGGCCGUCGCUGCCUACGGUGACGUUUCCCCAGACGCCGAAAACGCUGUCCAGGCAGCAGUGGCGCUUGAAUACUCUGGUGCCAUCAAAUUCUUGAAGAACGACCCAUUGGCCUCGCUUGUCGACAUCAACGCUGCUCUUGCCAUCAAGCCAAGGGCCAGAACUUACGUGUUCAAGGCGUUGAUCGCUGCCGACAAGGCUAACUUCGAAGAUGCUCUUGCCAGUUUCGCCCAGGCUGUUGAAACCGACGCUUCUUGUCCAGAUAUCUACUACCACCAGGGUCAAAUGUACUACUUGACCGGCGACUUGGCCCAGGCCGAGGAACAGUUUGAGAAGGCUAAGUUGUACAACCCCGAUAAUGUAUACGCCUACAUCCAAUUGGCCUGUAUCGCUUACAGAAACGGUCAGAGCGCCGACGCCGAGGCCAAGUUUGCGGAGGCUCGUGCCAAGUUCCCAACCUCGCCAGAAAUUCCAAACUACUAUGGUGAAAUUCUCGCUGAUAAGGGAGACCUUGCGGGAUCCCUCAAGCAGUUUGACACUGCCGCUAGAUUACAGGAAGCUUUGCCAAACUUCUCAGUUGGCGCUGUUCCGUUGGUGAACAAGGCCACCUUGAUCUCCCGCGAAGGCAAGGUCGACGAGGCUGUUGAGAUCUUGACCAAGGCUUGCGAAUUGGACCCUAAGUCUGAGUUGGCCCGAAUCUCCUUGGCCCAGUUGAUGUUGCAGACCGAUAAGGUUGAAGACGCCAUCACUUUGUUCGAGGAAAGCUCCGUGUUGGCUAGAGCCUUGGAAGAGAAGAUCCAGGCUACCUCGUUCGCCGAAGCUUCGAAGAUGCAAAUCAGAAUCAAGCAGGACCCACACUUGUCCCAGAAGUUGGGUGAGUUGAUGGCCCAGGCUUCUGCCAUGCAAGCCCAGCAGACCCAGUUCUAA